UCAGACAAAGCUAAUACAUAAACUCUGCGAGCACAUGUAAGUCCAUGGCACCGCAUAGUGUACUCCUUCAGCACCUGGACUUUAUGCACUGAAAUGUGGUGAAUAGGACAGAUUGAUCAAACUGAAGCCUUCUUUCUGCUGGGGGGUCUAAGGAGGGGUUGGGAUCAUUUUUGUACAAAUGAUCUGAGAGAUAACAUUGGAUGGACAAUCUAAGUACAGUCAAAACUGUUAGUUCUGGUGGAGGUGCUGGGGGUAGUAGCAAAGUGGUCACAAAAUCAGUCACAACUACUCGACUGACCUCACAAAGCGAGCUUUCUCUGAGUGCAGGUGGGUCAGGGGGAAGAGCUGCAUCAGGAGGCUCUGGAGGCACAAGCAGCACAGUUGUGAUCACGUCCAGCAGCUCCCACACCGGCAGCUCUGGCAGAUCUGGAGCAAGCAAGGGCACUGGAGGGAUCAGUGUCACUACAGUAGAAGCAUCCUCUGCUGUAUCCUCAAGUGGAGGGAGGUUAGGCUCUGGGUCAGGGUCAGGGGCGGGUGUAGCAGCAGGAGCAGGGGCAGGGGCAGGAGCAGGAGCAGCUGCAGGGUUUAAGGCUGCUGGAGGGGGAUCUUCCACUAUGUCCUCUAGUUUUAUAAGUGGUGGCAGAGAGGGAAAAAGGGAGGGGGGUUUAGGUGCUGUAACAGUUUCCACAGUGACCAAGACUAGCUACAGUUCUGGUGGAUCUGGGGAAGCAAAGAGAGGAUCAUCCUCUGCAGUCACUUAUUCACCUGCUCCAAAAGAGAGGAAGAGCAUGACCACCAUGGCAGCGGCUGUCUCAGAUGUCUUUGAUGAAAGUUCGAGUACAAACUCGUCCCCUGAGUACAACAGGAAGGCGUAUGGCAUAUCAAGUGCAACUUCAACUUCUGCCACCAGGGGGAGAACCCAGAGCAGAGAGAGUGAGAUCAGAACCAGACUUCAAAGUGCUUCUCCUCCAGCAAGUUGGACGGAGCUGGAUGACGUUAAGCGCCUGCUAAGAGGAAACCACUCAACCAGCACCAGUCCAACUCAGUCCCCCAACAACACGCUGCCCAUCCCCAAGAAGGCCAGUGUGGAAACCAGGACCAUGUCUGAGAGUUCCACCGCAGACCACUAUGGCAGCAUUUGGCCUGGAGGUGUGAGCAGUAGCUACAGUUACAAUACCAACCCCAACAACCUGUCCACUCCCUCCGCCCUUUACCAAUCAGGAGUUCAGAACAACCUGACAUUCAGCUCUCCCUCCGUGAAUAGUGGACUAUCUGCAAGCAGCACUGUCCCAGUGUAUGGUGUUCAGAAUAAUCUGACCAGUGCCAGCCCCACUGUACUCUCUCCCACUGGAACUGCCUCACAGAUAGUUUAUGGUGUACAGAAAAAUCUUUUUAAUAUCAUGUCUCUUGCAGUGAGACCCGGCAGUCCCACUAAUGACGAGGCCUCAGGCAAAGAUUUUAAGUUUGUGAUGGUAGAGAAGGAGAAUGCUCCUGUCAAGAAGGAGACAGAGAGACUCAUCAUGACCAAAGACACAGGGAAGCAGUUCAUGUCUGCUGCACCAGCUGCUACGUCUGCGACCUACUCUGAGGACUCACUGAAGAGAGAGAAACAGAAGCUAUCAACCAGCACAGUGGAGGAAGGAACAGAUGCUAAAUCUUCAAGCCUAAAAGUUGCCACGAAAGACAAAGCCACAUAUGCAGAGAUCCAUAAAGAUGAAUCAGGCUUUGGAUUCUGGUCCUGCUGUAGCUGGUGGAAGUGGCUGCUGGGCCUCCUGCUCAGCCUGCUCCUCCUCCUUGGACUCCUCUUCGGACUCAUCGCUUUGGGUGAAGAAGUGAGACGCCUCAAGAACCGUGUUGAUGCUUUAGAAGCCAUCACUGGCACUGCCUCAGCCAGGUCCAGUCGCCUAUCGGCCUCUUCAGGCAUCAACAUCAUCGACCCGCUGGAUUCGUCAUACAUCGACAGGAGCUCCUCUGGGCCCACCCUGACGCGCUCUGACAACACGAUCAACUUGGGGGCUGCUGGGCCUGGAGGAGGUGUGGGGAGUGGACCAGGACAGGAUAGUGCUGGCCUGCAGAGAACCGUUCAGCAGCUGGUCAGGGCUGAACUCCGCUCUGAUGCUGUAAGAGAAUCACUUGUUUACUCUCUGAAGGGAGAGAGAGGAGAACCAGGACCUAAGGGGGAUCCGGGGGCAUUUGGGCAAAAAGGUGAUAGCGGCUUCCCUGGUCUGCCAGGUCCUCCUGGGCAGAUGGGUCACCCAGGACUGGAUGGACCAAGGGGACCAAAGGGAAGUGCAGGUGAACCAGGUGCCGAGGGACCACCUGGACAGAGGGGCCGGGAGGGGCCAAUGGGCCCACGAGGAGAGAAUGGACCACCUGGAUUUGGAGAGAAAGGAGAUAAAGGCUCUCAAGGUGAGCCAGGACGCCCCGGUCCUGCUGGUGCCCUUGGACCUGUGGGGCCGAAGGGUGCCAUGGGAGAGCAUGGUGCCCCAGGAAGCCCUGGUGCUCCUGGUCCCAAGGGUUUCCAGGGUGAAGCAGGAGCUCCAGGAGUGAAAGGUGACCGAGGAACUCCAGGACUGCCAGGAACCAAGGGAGAACAGGGAGAGAGGGGACCACGUGGAGGAAUAGGUGAACCGGGACAACCUGGACCACAAGGCCCUGCUGGAUCUAAGGGAACUAAAGGAGUUGCAGGUGACUCAGGUCCAAUGGGACUUCCUGGUGCGAGAGGACCACCUGGACUUCCUGGAGAUAUUGGUCCCCCAGGCACCCCUGGUCUUCAAGGACCCCCAGGUAUUGCUGGAAAUCCAGGACAGCCUGGUGGUAAAGGUGAACCUGGUUUGCCUGGCAAAGUCAUCACUUCAGGUGGGUCUGAUACUGUCACCAUCCCUGGACCUCCAGGGCCCGCUGGGUCUCCAGGUCCUGCUGGACCCCCUGGUUUGUCCGGUCCCAUUGGUCCUGCUGGUGUUCCAGGACAACCUGGUCCUAAAGGACCACAAGGUGAAAAGGGAGAAAAAGGAGAAAAAGGAGAAAAAGGAGAAAAGGGAGAAAAGGGGGAGAAGGGAGAACAAGGAGAACCUGGUGUGCCUGGUGUCAAAAGUUCAGAAACUGUCAGUGCCACCCAGACCGAUAAACUUUCCUCAGCGGCAGGUGUGCCUGGUCCACCAGGACCCCCAGGGCCUCCAGGACCACCUGGUCCUCAGGGUCUCCCUGGUGAGAGUAAACAAGGUCCUCCAGGACGCAGAGGUCCUCCAGGAGAGCCAGGUGUUGGAUCACCCGGACCCCCAGGAGAGAAAGGAGAACCUGGCAGCUUUGUGCCUACAUCAGAGACCUUCUUUGCUGGACCACCAGGACCUCCAGGACCCGCAGGCCCACAGGGUUCAGCAGGUGAACAAGGACCACAAGGGUACCGGGGUGAACCAGGUCAACCAGGUCUACCAGGAAGUCCAGGGGAACCAGGUGUUGGUUUCCCAGGUCAGCCUGGACCUAGGGGGCCUCCAGGGCCAGAGGGGCCAGAGGGGCCACAAGGACCCAAAGGUGAUGCAGGAGUCCCUGGAGCCCCAGGAAUCCCAGGAGUCUCUGGUGGUAGUUCAUUCAGUCCUGGACCACCAGGCCCACCUGGCCCACCUGGCCCACCUGGGAGAGAUGGAAGUGGGACUGGAUCACCUGAUGUGGGCCAGUACAUUUCAGAAUACCUUCAAAGUGGUGGCAUCAGGGAGUAUCUGGCUGGACCUCCUGGACCUCCUGGUCCUCCAGGACCUCCAGGGACUGCAGGGGAUGGGCAGGUGGAUGACGUUGCCAACCGAGUCAUCGCCUACAUCCAGAGUAGAGGAUAUGAUGGGACUCCUGGUCCGCCUGGUCCUCCAGGUCCACCAGGGUCUGUCUCUGUUAAUGACAUCAUCAGCCUAUUACAACGAGAGGAUGUGCAGAGAUAUGUUGCUGGUCCUCCCGGUCCACCAGGACCUCCUGGAGCUCCAGGAUUUGGCAGCUAUGGAGUUAACACCCAGGAGGUGGCUGAACGGGUCCUCAGUCUUAUGAAUGAGAGGGGGGUGUUAGGUGUCCCUGGACCCCCUGGACCUCCUGGGCCUCCUGGAAACUUGUUAGCAACUGGUUAUCAAGCAAUUGUGGGUCCACCAGGGCCUCCUGGUUCUCCAGGUGUCCCUGGUCCACAAGGACCACAAGGACCACCUGGACCAGCAGGGCCACCAGGAUUUGGGAACUACAUAACCUCAGACAUUCGUGACUACCUGCAAAGUGUUGCCUUCAGAGGCCCUCCAGGUCCCCCUGGUCCCCCAGGACCUGAGGGCCCCCCUGGACCAGUCCGUGGACUGGUUUCCUAUGCUGAGCAUGCCAACCGAGAGUUGUUCAAAGCAGAGCAACAACAAUAUGUCAAGAGUGAUGCUGUGAGAGGAGCUAUGUUUGGACUUCCUGGUCCACCAGGCCCUCCUGGACCCCCAGGACACAAGGGAGAACCAGGUGUACCUGGCACCAGAGACCAGAGCCCGGACACUGGAGACUACUCCAGUAUGGCUGUCAGAGUAACUGAUUACAUCAAAUCCAACGGUCUGCUCCGUGAUGUUUUGAGAGACUCUGAACGUGUUAUCCAAGGACCUCCAGGGCCCCCUGGACCUCCAGGAAUACCUGGACAAAGCCAGUGGGUUAGUUCCCGUGAAAAUGUCCUGGAUGUGGUGGAAUACCUCAAAUCCCGUGGUGUGCUGCACAACAUUGUGAGGGAGUACAACAGUCGUGUCUUCCAAGGACCUCCAGGACCGCCUGGCCCCCCAGGUCCUCCAGGAUACACCCGAUGGUUUGGUUCACGUGGAAAUGCCACAGAACUGUUGGAAUACAUCAAAUCGCAUGGUCUGCUUCAUGACAUUGAGCGGAGUCACAGUGGCGCCAUCCAAGGGCCACCAGGACCACCUGGCCCCCCAGGCCCACCGGGAUACAGCCGAUUGUUUGGUUCCCACGCAAAUGUCACAGAUUUAGUGGAAUACUUCAAAACACAUGGAGCCAUUGUAGGACCACCUGGGAGACCGGGACAGAAAGGGGACAUAGGUUUCCCAGGCCUAAAAGGACAGAAAGGUGAACAAGGCCUUCCUGGGCCUGAGGGACGCCAAGGACAAAAGGGUGACAGAGGAGAAUUCACAAUGAUGACUAAAAGAAGAAAGAGGAAUGUUGGCGUUUGAAAGCCAGGUUACUGAACAUAUGGACCUUUAAGACCAAUGAGCAUUUCAGCACACAUUGGAUGUUGUUCCCCAAUUCACGUUUUUCUAAAGGGAUAUGAUUGUAUUUUUCUACUCAUAAACAUUUACUGUUUACUAUGUUUUGUGAAAUCAGGGAUGAUGUAUAGCUUUGAAUUGGCUUGUCUGACACUGUAUUGAGGGGUAUUCUUCAGUGUGGUGACAUUUUUUAUACUGUGGGACUGAUUGAAUAUAUACAUAUUUAUAUACGAUUAUGCUUUUCAUAGCUUUUCAUCAUCAGUAAGAUAAAUACUUUAACAGUGUAUUGCCAAAUGGGAUCUAAUCAAGGACAAAACACAGUGGAGGGGAAACUGUUUAUUUACAGCAAAAUGAAACUCUACAUUAUACAGGCAUUCUAAAAACUAUACAUUUAUUGUAAAAAAUGCAUAAUGAUUUUGAUAUGGAUCAUGGUUUUGUUUUUCAGUCAACAUUCAGAAUUUUCAGUUUAGAGAAUCUAGCUGACAAACAGAAGAACUAACAGGACUCAUUUUGUAAUUAGAUUUUUGUAAGUAGAGCAAGUAAGGCUCUGCCACAGGUGCUGCAGUGUGGGUUUUCAUAUAAAUAACUAUUGAGAAAGUUUUGCAAAACGUGCACAGCACUCCUUCAUUAUGUUUUUGUACAUACCAGCUCAGUUAUUAAAUACAUUUGACUAACUUUAAAGCCAAUCAUAAAGAAAAUGAGAUGAUAAAAUGAACCAAUCAGAGAUGAUGGCCUAAACCAGUCAGGUCCAUUUUUUUUUUUUUGCAUCAACUGCCUCAAAUAUUACUCUGCUUUAGCAUCAUUCAUUCAAUUCAUCAACCUAAAUAAAAACCAUUUGCUAAAAGCUCA